CCACGCAUUUCGCCCUCACCUCCGACACGGGCAAAUCCCACCCAAAUUUUCGAAACUCUCGUCGCCCUCUUUUCCCGCUUCAUUCUCUUCCCACCUCACGUUUUUCCUACUAACCCCCAAGGAACAGCCCUCCAACCGGUACGUCGACGAACCGACCCGAGUCAAUCAAUUGAAGCAAGGAAAAUCUCGUUGCUGACUUUUAUCUCUUUGUUGCAGCCAAGAUGGGUGCCCUCAAGUAUGUCGAGGAGCUUCAGAAGAAGAAGCAGUCGGAUGUGAUGCAGUUCCUCCUCCGUGUCCGCUGCUGGGAGCUCCGUCAGUUGAACGUCAUCCACCGCGCUUCGCGUCCCUCGCGCCCCGACAAGGCUCGCCGUCUGGGCUACAAGGCCAAGCAGGGCUACGUUAUCUACCGCGUGCGUGUCCGCCGUGGUGGCCGCAAGAGGCCCGCUCCCAAGGGUGCCACCUACGGCAAGCCCACCAACCAGGGUAUCAACCAGCUCAAGUACCAGCGCUCCCUCAAGGCCACCGCCGAGGAGCGUGUCGGCCGCCGCUGCGCCAACUUGCGCGUCCUCAACUCGUACUGGGUUAACCAGGACUCCACCUACAAAUACUACGAGGUCAUCCUUGUCGACCCCCAGCACAAGGCCAUCCGCAUCGAUCCCCGCAUCAACUGGAUCGUCAACCCCGUCCACAAGCACCGCGAGGCCCGUGGUCUCACCGCCACCGGCAAGAAGUCCCGUGGUCUCAACAAGGGCCACCGCUACAACAACACCAAGGCCGGUCGCCGCAAGACCUGGAAGCGCCAGAACACCCUCUCCCUGUGGCGCUACCGAUAAACGCGCAGUCGCUGAUGUGCUGCGGCAGGUGGCUUGUCAGUGGAUUGGCGGGCUAUCUGCCCUUGUUACGCCUGUCGUUUUCAGGUCAGGGAUCAUGAUCAAUGGAGUGGUGUUCGCUGGGUUUGGGCUUGGACGAGCCGGAUGCUGCGUUACAUAGCAUGGAAAAAUGGGAAUGAGCAAUAUCCUUCGAGAUGAAUUGACCAACACAUCUCCACGUACUUAAAGCUUA